CGGAGUAAGGACGCCAGCAUAGGUGACAGCAUGGCCUCCCGGGACACACCGCCGGCCACCAGCUACGCCCCGCCUGAAGUGCCCUCGGGGGUCGCCGCCUUGUUCCUCACCAUCCCCUAUGCCUUCUUCCUACCGGAGCUGGUGUUUGGGUUCUGGGUGUGGACUCUGGUGGCUGCCACACACGUGGCAUACCCCCUGCUGCACGGAUGGGUGCUGUAUGUCUCGCUCACGUCAUUCCUCGUCUCCCUGAUGCUCCUGCUGUCCUACAUAUUCGGGUUUUACAAACGAUUUGAGUCCUGGAGAGUCCUGGACAGCCUGUACCACGGCACCACAGGCAUUCUGUACAUGAGUGCUGCUGUCCUGCAAGCACAUGCCACCAUCAUUUCUGAGAACCAGAACCUGGACCACUACUACAUCAAUGUUGCAGCCUCGUUCUUCGCCUUCCUCACCACGCUGCUCUAUAUCCUGCAUGCCUUCAGCAUCUAUUACCACUGACGUGCAGGGAGAACCAAACCCAGCGAGACCCUGGAGGCCAUGUGAUUAGCCGUUUGCCAACCAGGUGAUAAACCCAGCGAGCUACCUGCAGGCCCGCAGGCCAUCUCUCUGGGAUGAUGAGACACACUUUGGCAUCGUUCUCUCUGGACACUUUUACUCCUUGUGGUGACUAUGAGAAAACUAUCCCCCCACCAAAGAUGACUGCCCCUCCUUCUUCCCUGAAGAGUCCUCUCACCCUGGCUGCCCACAGGAUGACUGCCUUUUGGAGUUUCCCCAACCAUGAACUCAGCUGAGCUUGACUUUUCUAGAAAACUAACCUUGAACCCCUUAGGCACUGUUCAAAAUGUCAUCCCUGCUGUUUCGCCUGUCAGGAUCUCUUUGUUAAUGGUGCUCACUCUGAUAGGUUUAGGAAAUUCUCUUAUUUUCUUAAACAGGCAAGGCUCCGCAAAGGCUCGACGGUCUACCGGCCUCGCACACACCUUGCUUGCAGCUUGUGCUACGGCAGCUGUCGAGACCUGCCUUCCUCAUCACACCCCAAGGAAAAUGUACACAAAACCAACUCUGAGGAUAAAUUUGUGGAAGAAAUAUACACUGCUGGGUCUGGGGAGUCAGAAUGAGAAAGAGGCGUAACCUUCGGAACUGCAGGGCUUGGUGUGCCUGGGUAGAGCCUCAAAGACCAACCUUCUAAGGACCAGAGGCAUCCUCGUCCUUUAGAAAAGACGUCAGUGAAGGAGGUUGGAACAUCGCAACCCUAGAUUUACCUUCAGGCUCCUCCCAGAAACACCAGGGGAGAAGCAACUGCUAUAUUGUUGUAAGGGCUGUGAAAGGAUCCAGAUGGAGGUCUACACUCACUUCUGUGUGCUCUCAACUCUUCGUGGGAACCCUCUGGGCAGGGCCGGACUGCAGGAUUCAUCAUGGAAGGGUGUUUGCAUUUGGGGGUCUUGCCAAGGACCCCUGCAUGCCAAGGGUCCCCACUCAAUAGUCCAGUAGGACACAGCCCUGCAACCACCUAAAUUACCAAAAGGGACUUAACAGAAUCUAACUUUUCUCCAUGUGUGUGUGUUGGGGGUUGGGGGUGGGAACCUGAGAUGUUGGGGAGGCAUGGGAUAUGGGGGGGAUGGGGUUGUGCAGGCUUAGCUUUGACACUAUUUACCAGUCACUAAUCACCCCCAACAUCUUGAAAAGCCACCACUUAUCUUUCUGUAGCCUGGAAGCUGUCUGUGAUCUUCACCAUUGAGUAUUUGCUGGAUGACCAGAAGUGAAUAAAAGAUGGUUGGACAGUG